CUGUGGUGCAGGGCCCCCCAGAGGUGCGGGGCCCUAUUGGGCCCAAUUGGUCCAAUAGGCCUAAGGCCGGCCCUGCCUGGCAUGUAUUUGUUAACGAUACCCAUUUGCGAAUGUUAAAUUGUGUUUAUUGGUGUAAUUAGUUCUAUAGUGUUGCUUGAGACAACUACACAGUGAGCUUGGAAAACUGUGAAGCUUAAAUGCAGUGAAAUUCUACCCAUCAUUUUCACCAAAUCUUGAAUAGGCUCAAAAACGUAAAAAAGUUGCUUAAAUUUGAAUACAAGUUGGGCCGGAACUAAGGGCAGGCACGUUCCUCAAAAGCAGCCAACCCCUAGUCCGCCAAUCAAAAAGGAAACGCACGCGCGUCCUCCUUUGGGGACGGUUGCGCACGGGCGUCUUCCUUUGCGCACGGAUGCGCACUCGCGUCCUCGUUUACGCACGGCCGCGCGGGGGAGCACGACGUGCCCGGAUGUGUUGCUCGGCACUGGUUCUGGAGAAACCUGGAAACCAGAAAGCAGCGUUCUCUGCAACUGAGCUCUAAGCAGGUGCCCUCUAGUGGCGGUCGCGCUGGAUUCCAUCUCACUUGGUUACCAAGACAAACAAAUGUUAUGAGCAGCGCGCCUGGCUGGGGAGACACAACGAGAAAGUGCUCGCAGCGAAUAUGCUGAGGACCAAAAAGAAAACUAAGAAGAAAACCAUUAAAAAAACAUCUUCAACAAAUGUGAAAAAGGAGUCGAUUCCUGAAGCGCAGCUUCCCAAGAGAGUUCCUGGAGAAAAGCUUUUAGCAGCUCUGCAAGAAUGGAAAUAUGUAUUGCAAGCCCAACCAGUGUCCAGAACGAUCACAGAAAUGGAAAGCAAUAAUACAGAGCAGGAUAGCAAAGAGCUCAGGCUUGUUUUCAAGUGUGUUGAUGUCCAUAAAACAGGAUUCCUAAAUGCAAGUGAAGUCCAGAGUGCUCUAGAGUUAAUGGGAUUUGUAAUAAAUGAACAUGGUGAAGAACGUAUCAAGAAAUGGAUGGAUUUAAAUAAAGGGAGUCUUGGAUUUUGUGGGUUUCAGGAGCUCAUUGCAGAUUGGCAUGGUGUAACCAGGGAUUUCUACAAGGAGCUCAAGAAAGGAUUUUCUAUGAUUGAUCAUGAUAAAGAUGGAAAAAUUACCAUAACUGAUUUGAGUGCAUCCUCCAAGAUGGCAGGAAUUCAUUUGUCACGCCAGGAGCUUGAAGAGAUGAUGGCAGAAGCUGAUCAAAAUGGAGACCAUGCCAUUGACAUUAGUGAAUUUAUUGAAAUUAUGCUAAAAACCAACCUGUUUUAG